AUGCUCAUGCCCCUGGGUGGGCUGCUGUGGUGGUGCUGCUGCUGCUGGGGCUGGUACUGCUGUGGACUCUGCACCCCAGCUCCACAGAUGUUGCGCCACCAGGGUCUCCUUAAGUGCCGCUGCCGAAUGCUCUUCAAUGACCUGAAGGUUUUCCUACUGAGGCGCCCCCCUCCAGCGCCCCUGCCCAUGCACGGUGACCCCCAGCUCCCUGGUGUGGCGGCCAACAACAACACCCUUCCGGCUCUGGGUGCCGGGGGGUGGGCAGGCUGGAGGGGCCCCCGAGAAGCGGUGGGCAGGGAGACCCCUCCUCUGCCACCUCUACCACCUUUGCCUCCUUCUGUGGAAGAUGACUGGGAUGGCCCAGCCACAGGGCCACCUGCCUCCCUGCUCAGCAGUGCUUCCUCUGAUGAAUUCUGUAAGGAGAAAACUGAGGACUGCUACUCUCUGGGAAGUAGCUUGGACAGUGGUAUGAGAACGCCCCUCUGCCGUAUCUGUUUCCAGGGACCAGAACAGGGAGAGCUGCUAAGCCCAUGCCGCUGUGAUGGCUCAGUCAAAUGUACUCACCAGCCAUGUCUCAUCAAAUGGAUCAGUGAAAGGGGCUGCUGGAGUUGUGAGCUGUGCUACUACAAGUACCAUGUCAUCGCCAUAAGCACAAAGAAUCCUCUACAGUGGCAGGCCAUAUCCCUGACAGUCAUCGAGAAGGUUCAGAUUGCAGCCGCCAUCUUGGGUUCUCUCUUCCUCAUUGCCAGUAUCUCUUGGCUCAUCUGGUCGACCUUCAGUCCCUCAGCAAAAUGGCAACGCCAAGACCUCCUCUUCCAGAUCUGCUAUGGGAUGUACGGCUUCAUGGACGUGGUGUGCAUAGGCCUCAUCAUCCAUGAAGGGCCCUCGGUAUAUCGCAUCUUUAAACGCUGGCAGGCUGUAAACCAGCAGUGGAAAGUGCUGAACUAUGACAAGACAAAAGACUUAGAGGAUCAAAAAUCAGGUGGCAGGACAAACCUACAGACUUCCUCAUCUGCCCAAGCUAACAUGCCCUCCACGGAAGAGGAGGCAGCCAGCCCGCCUGCCCGUGAAGAGGGCCCCACCAGGGCUGCCAGCCACCCUUCAGGCCCUGUGUCCCACCACCACUGUGCUUACACCAUCCUACACAUCCUGAGUCACUUGAGGCCUCAUGACCAGCGGAACACCCAGAGCAGCAGCCGAGAGCUUGUCAUGAGAGUCACUACAGUGUGAAAAAAGGCUGGGAGGAAGGUUGAG